UCUCAUUAUCCCCUCUUAUGUAUCAACCUUCAGGCCUCAUUCAGAGACCAAAAUUCAGAAGGCGCGAAUCAAGAAACAAUUGCUGCCUGAAAUUAUCAAUUCACACAUCUGCUAGGGUUUAACAUUUUUAGACAUCCAAGAUGCAGUAUCCGAUGAAUCCACAGGGCCUACCAACACCAUUUGGCCGACCGUUACCUCCACCAUUACCGGCUUUUCCACCAGCUUCUACUACUUUCUGGAAUACCAGCAAUGUGAUUGAUCACCUCAAAAACUUACAGGAUACUGUCAAUCUUGCAACAGCUUUGAAGAAAGAGCUGGAAAUGUUAAUUACGUUGAAAGACAAGAAAGAAAAUUCUGAGGAGAGUUCAGAAAAUGUGGCUGGUGAAGGCUCUAUUGACAGUUUUGUUAAGUUUAUGGAGCAUUCGAGGAUCAAUAUGGAAAGCCAAGAAUCGCUGUCGUUGGAAGCGGCUAAUGCUUUAAUAUCAAAAUUGAGAGCUCAGUUGGAACCUUUUAGGGCUAUCACGGAUGAGAUGGCCCCGUGGGAAGAAAAAUCUGCAUCUGUUAGAUUAGCAAAUAAAAUGCACAAGUACAAAAGGAACAAACUUUGGCGAAAGAGGAAGAGGAAACGCGUUGCAGAAAAGCUAGCAAAGGAACGAGAGCAAUAUGACCAAAUUGAUGCAGAAGCUGAUGAAUGGAGGGCCAGAGAGAUAGCCAAGGAUAUUGCAAAACGCAAGGUUGAAAAGAUGAAGGAAAUAGCAAAGCUAAAGGCAAAAGAGGAUAAAAAGAGACUAGAAUCUGAGCUUGAGCUGGCAUUGAUAGUAGAGAAAUUGCAAGAAUUACGCUCCAUCAGGGUUCAGAAGUUGAAGAAGCAAGGUCACUUUCUUCCAGAGGAGGAUGACAAGUUUCUAGAAAAGGUAAGAGCUGCAGUUGAGGAAGAAGAGCGGCAGGCAAAGGCAGCAGCUGAUACAGAUGCUGUUAAGGAUGCAAUUGCAACUGCUGAGGUAUCCAGGAAAACAGUUCAAAGUCAGAGACCAGAGCCUGGUGACCUGCAUGCUAAUACCGGUGCCGUUAAAAUAAAUCAAGAUCAAACGACUGAGGAAAAAGAUAAAUCAGGUCCUAUACCUGUCAAUGAGUUAGAAAAGGGUGGAUCUGAAGAGGCAGGCUCAGCCAGCUUACAUGAUUCUGUGGCAAAUCUACCAAUGGAAUUUUAUCACUAUUACUAUGGAAGUAAUCAUGAUUUGGGAACUCUUAUAGAGGUAAGAAGAACAUGGGAUGCAUACAUCAGACCUGGAGGAAGCCGAAUACCUGGGCACUGGGUCCAACCACCACCUCCAGCAGAUGAGAUAUGGGCAUCCUACCUGGCGAAGCGUAAAUGACGUUUUUAUAGGUUGUUUCCUAGUGCAGAAGCAUCGGUUUGUUGAUUGCCUGGUUUGAUUCUACUAAAUUAUCCGUCAUCUUUCAGCACUAUGUCUUGGAUGCUUGUGGAGUACAUCCGGACUAGGACAAAAAGCCAUGUAUCUAAUCUCAUUCACUCUCGCCUCAUUGUGAUUAAUGGAACUCCAAGGGCAAACAUGAGGGACUGACUUUGUGCUGAGACAAGGUUGAUUUAAAUAUAUAGUACUGUUCAAGGAAGACAUUGCUAGGAGGCCAGACAUGCCAUCUAAGGACUUCUCAAGGGGAUCAAAUAGCAGGUGGAACUGAUAUCGCCAUAAUAGCUACCAUAUUGAUGGAUUUAACAUUUGACUUCUAAGUCUCACAUUCGUCGAUAUCAGGGUUUUGUCGAUGUGUAUAGCAUCCAGGGGCGGAGCUAGGUAUCAACAAGGGGGUUCAAAUGAGCUCCUUUCCUCGAAAAAUUAUAGUUAUAUAUAAAUUGUUGAGUCCCCUUGACAUUAGGGAAAAUUCUAGUGUAUUGCUAAAGGGGGUUCCAAAAACUUUCACAAGUUCAAGUUUCAAUUGUGGCAUUCUAAUAUAUAUUUUGUUGUACCUUGUAUAAAUUUUGGCUGCCAUUUGGCACCCCUGGUUAUUAAUAUGAUAUAGGGACAGCAUGUUUGCACAUGUUCAAAUUCAAUUGAU